GCUCUGACAGGGUCCUGUGGCAUUUGGGUAUGUGCGCUCUGUAGCUGUAGCCGUUAGUGCUGUCUGAUCCCGUUGGCUGGCCAGCAUCUCAGGACUUAAGUGCAGAAAGUGUGGGAGAGAAAGGGGAGGGAUAUAAAAAAAGCAAAGUAGACUUGAAGUAGAAGAGAAAGCAAGAGAAGGAAGAGGUAAAGAAGAAGUGAAGGGCUUGGAAUCGGGUCUUUGGGGUGCCAUUAAAGAGCUUGUUUUUCCGUUUUGUGUGUGUGUGACUUCUUGCACUUGCUGAGGCGUUGACAGCCAUGGCAGAUUCGAGCGCACAGCUGGACCGGGUGCCCCUCACCGAGGCGUUGGAUGACGACGAGGAGGUUGCCCUGGCCAACCCAGGGGCCGCAGGCAAGCACAAGGAAGAGGAGGACGAGGCGGGGUCUGGGGGGAAAGGGGUGAAGAGCGAAGCCCAGAUAAAUGGAGUGAUGGUCCUCGCCCUGCUGGAUAAGAUCAUCGGCGUGGUGGACCAAAUCCAGCAGACCCAGAAUGGGCUGGAGGCACGGCAGGAUGACAUGGAGCGCUCGGUGAGUGGCAUCCACGGCGAGCUCACCAAGCUGACCAAGAGCUAUGGCACGACCAGCGGCACCGUCAACAAGAUGCUGGACAAAGUGCGCAAGGUCAGCGUCAACAUCAAGUCUGUGCGCUCCGACCUGGAGAAGCAGGCUGGCCAGAUCAAGCGCCUGGAGAGCAACGAGCACGAGCUUCUGAAGAGACGCAACUUCAAAGUCAUGAUCUACCAGGAGGAAGGGAAAGCCGCAGCAAAAGUGGAUGCGUCCAAGCCGGCGAAGGGUGUGGACAUAGUGGCCGAGGGUGGGCAAGGAGAGGGGGAGGCUGAGACAAAGGAGGGGGGAGAGGAGGCGCGCACAGGUGCGUCCUCGGAUGAGGAGGUGGAGAUUGAAGAGAUCAUUGAGGAGUCGCGGGCCGAGCGAAUCAAACGCAGCGGCCGGCAGCAGAUAGACAACAUCAAGAAGGCCUUCUCCAAGGAGAACAUGGAGAAGACCAGGCAGAAGACUAAGAAGAACAUGGAGAAAACCAGACAGAAGACCAAGGAGAACCUGGAGAAGACCAGGCAGAAGACCAAGGAGAACAUGGAGAAGACCAGACAGAACCUGGGGAAAACGAUGGAGCAGCUUGGUAACCGCAUAACCAUUAAGCCUGAGCACAAGGAGAAGCUGGAGACCUCACCGAAGAAGGUGAAGAAGGCCUCCAACCCCUCCGUCUACAAGGUGCCACCCUUCACCUUCCACGUGAAGAAGUACCCUGAGGGGGCUGAGGAGGAGGUGGUGCUUGGCACCGAGGGCGAGGAACAGGAGGAGACAGCCAAGAUGAAGCCUGUGGAGGAGGGUCUGGAGGAGGCGCUAGUGGAGGUGUCGGAGGAGCUGAGUGGGCCGGAGGUGAAGACCCUGCUGAAGGUGGCCGAGGACUCAGAGCUGGUGCUGGUGGAGCUCAACCACAAGAAGGAUGGGAAAUAACCAGGGGUCCUGGAGCAGAAUGAGUGUGAAAGCAGGAGGAGGAAGGAAGGGAAGGAAUGCAAAAAGGGGAGGGUAGAAGAGGAGAACAAGUGACAACGCUGGAAGAGAAUGUGAAAGUGGAAGAUAUACAAUCUGCACUGGUGUGAAAAAAGGACGUGUGUUGGCUUGAAUGGGUUACUUUUAUCAUCCAUAUCUUUAGAGAAUAUUUUGGUUUUUUCUCUUUUGAUUUUUAACAUUGUAACCACUGAAUUUGUUUUAGACCCUUCAGUCAGCCAGAGAUGACAGGUAAAACGUAUAUCGUCUUUACUGUCCAUUUUGUAUGUUUUUCUUUGUUUUCAAGUUUACUUCAUGAGUGACUAUUGCUUAUAAUGUUCAUUUAGUAUUUUUCAAGGCAGUAUUUCUGAUGUAUUUCCUGAUCAGUUUUUAACUUAAAGAGAAUUUGGCAGUUCAGUGAAACAGUUACUCAUACAUAUUCUAUAAUGCUAAGGUCAUGUGGAUGCUAUUAUUUGGAGGUUUAAGGUCAUGCAAUAUGGGUGUUAGCAGAGUAAUGCCUGGGUUAACGAACAUGAGAAAUGAACAGAUGGUUUGUAUUAUGGGUGAGGAGGGUUUCUAACAUACCACAUGACACAUACUACAUUUUAUUGACAUAAAUCAUUUUGCAAGCUUAUAUAAAUUCUAAGAAAAUCCAUAAAACAAAGAUUUUUAUGUAAAAUUGCCUUUCAAACAAAUUGCCUUGCUGCUAAUGAGAAAAAACACACAUACACCUACCCACACACAGAUAUUAGGACAACAAUGCAAAAAUGAAUGUAAUUUCAAUCAAUGAUGUGUGAGCUUCCAGUUUGAUAUACAGCUGCUAAGGAAAUUACAGACGGCUGGCUGGAACAGGGCCCCGAUGAAGAGUCAACGACGUCAUAAAGGUCCCACUCCACUGUGUUUGUGAUGCAGUCGGUGUCAGAAUGGAUUUAGCCUCUGAUUUGCGCUCAUCGGGUAUAAAGUGAUGCUUGGUAUGAUCGGUGGCUAUAGCAUUGCCUCUAAUUUUACUGUAAAUAUGUCUGCAUCCCCACAAUUUCAUCAGAAAGUUAUGUAAAUAUGCUUAUAGAUAAAUAUUCAAUAUCUGUAUCUGUUGUUCUGCAAGAGCUUACAUGGAACUAAUAAUUUCAUAGCUGUACUACCCUAACUGAUCGUCAGCAUUAACUGGAUUCCCUCCCCACCCCCACUGCAGAGGUAAAGACCUGUGCAAUACAUUUUAGAACUUCAGUAAUGGCAGAUGAUUUUAUAACGUUUUGCAUGACACAUACUGAAAUGUUAUUACUAUGCAAAUUCCUUUUUUGUAUCAGAUCAGAUUAUGCGCUUUAUAGGUAGAGAUCAAUGUGCCUGGACCUAUUAGCAAAAACAGGAUUCUCUGCACGGUGACUGUGGAUUUGAGCCGGUCCAAUUAAUGGUGCUUUUUGAGGAGCUUUUUGAGGAGUAGGCCAUAAUGAGGUAGACAAGUCAAUGUAGGUACUGCAUACAUACAGGUAAAUGCCUUUCAUCUGAGGUGAAAGCACAAUAAUAAUUGGUCAAAUGAAUACUUCAGGUUUUACUUUUUAUGUUCAUGUUUUACAUUAAGUGUGCAUACAAAUGACAUGCAGAAUACAUGCAUGUAAAAAAAACUGUAAACUUUUUUUCAGUUAUCUAACUCUUUGUUUUUAUCAGUUCCUAUUUCUAAUUAGUAUCUACAUCUAAGGACAUUUAUUCUACCUUGCACUCAAAUCUGGCUAGAAUAUGAAAUACCAAAUUGACUAAUUUAAUGCCUGAAAUCUCACCAUGUCACUGAUAUUUUAACUGAAUGGGUUGUUCAGAUUUGUCAUAACCCCCCCCCCCCAGCAUUUACAUUUUUUGACAUAAUACAAGGUUAUUGGGUGACAAAAACAUGUUGCAGUAAACAUAUUUUCAAAAACUUUUUUUCUAUUUAUUUAUGUUGAAUAUUCCUUGUAGUGCAGGUUUCAGUAUAGAAAAGUAUAUGGUCCUUGAAAUUAAGACCAGAGACUUAUGUCCCCCACAGGGGACAAAAUGAAUUUCCGGGCCUUGGGAGGAUAUCACUGAUAACUGUUACUGUUACUGCGGAUGAUUCGUUUGUCUUAUUUUGUUCUGUGGCUGUACAUUUAUAGACAGUUAUAAUGUAUGCCUUAAUUCAUUGAUAAACUACAUACUGACCUUGAAUUCUCAUUUAAUGGUUUAGUUGUGGGUUUGGCAAAGGAUGGGAGGAAGCUAAGAUCCUUUAUGAAUUUUGGGUGGAGUGCUGUUGUGCUGCUUGCUAAACAUGCCUGAUUCUAUUUAAGAUGCUUUUAUGUGUUAUUCUCAGUAAGCAAAAAUGCUACAGACAAACACAUACCAGCACAAACCGUGAGAAAGAAAUGUGUCUUCUCUUUUUGAUUGUUGAGUUUUAGCAAUUUAACUAUGCUUAAAUAGCCAUACUUAUAUCGACCACAUUGUUUCAGAUUCUGUCUCUCAGUUUUUUUCACAUUGCCAAAUAAAAACAGCAUUUCAAUAAAAAGUAUUUCAAUAAAUGAAA